AUGCUGAAACAACUCUCCACCAAAGUCCUUUCACCUUGCCUCAACAAUAAUAACACUCUCAAAAUUUCGAUAUGCACAAGCCAAUUGCGAACAAAUAGAUUGGUUGCAAUCAAAUCAUUAUCAAAGCAAGAAAUUAAAGAUUUAGUAAAAAAGUACGGACCUGAAGCACCAAAAGGCUCGAAAGGAUUUGGUCAAGAAGGACACGAACUCAACAUCAACAUUUUGAAGGAAGGUAAAAACCCAGUUAUUAAAGCCCCAGAAGCUUAUCCAGAAUGGUUAUUGGAAAUUUCUAGAGCAACAGACCUUUCUCUCGAACAACUCAAGUCAAAGAAGGCCAGUGGACAACAAUUAACCUUUGCGGAAGUAAAGAGAAUGCAUAAAUUGAUGAGAAGACAAAAAAUCAAGGAAAAUAAUUACAACCGUACUAUGGGUAUCGUCCUUGCUUAA